AGGAUGACUAUAUCAACUCGACACAAGACCCAGACCUCUACUAUGUCGAUGGUGACACUCAUGGACAACAUGGGGAUUACAUCGUUGCACUCCUCCACUAUCUCUCUGGGGAUCGCGAAGAUGAGAAACCAGUCUCUAUUAGAGACUCGUCUUUCAAAAAGAGAUACAAUCAUCUAUACUUGAAGUGCAAAUACCAAGAACGUAGGGCAACCUCUGGGGCUCCCCCUGCAACGGUCGAGCCUUCAAUCCCAGUCCCGCCUUUAGGAGCGACCAAUAGCCUCAACCAUCCCAAGAGGGGCGCUAAGAAAG